ACUUGUACUCUUUCGUCCCAAAACACAUCUUUUCUUUCAUUAACGUACUACUUUGUACAGCAAAACCAUCUCUCUCACAAACACACCCUCAUUCUUUGUUUCCUAGAUUUUGAUUUGGUUCACAACUUCACUUCAUAGAGUUAUAUUAUUAUUAUUGUUACUUUAUUAUUUGUUAGUUGCAUUGUUACUAUUUAUUAGAAACAGCAAGAUGAAGAACGGAACAUCAAGGUUGCUGAAGCAGAUCAUAGCAAAUCUGAGCUCAAUGGCGAAGUCAAAAACCAUGGCCUUGAAGUCUAAAACAAACUCCAUCAGGGCUCGUUUGAUCAUAUUCUCACUCAUGAAGAACAAGAAGCUCUUGAUGAGUUCCUUCUCUGAGAAGUUCCACUCCUUGUGGGGGCACAAUUCUCAGCCCAAGGAAUUGGAAGAGGGCAAUGACCAAAGCAAGGCCAUAGUGGUGUACACCAACAACAAUGCACACUCCUAUGAGGCCUUGCCAAACCCUAGUGAAACUCAAGUGGUGGAGGAACAAGACCAAGAAGGGUACGAGGGUUACUACAAUUAUGGCGAUGAUGGUGAUGAUGAUGAUGAUAAGUACCCGGAUCUGACACACUCCCUUUUUGAUUCUGAGGAUUUGGAUCUUGGAGGGUCGGUGAUUGAUUUGGUGAAGAAUUCUAAGGAAGAUGCGGGGGAAGAGUUUAAGCUGGAGGAUGAGAUUGACCUUGCUGCUGAUCUUUUCAUCUUGAAGUUCCGCAGGCAAAUGGUGUUGCAGAAGCAAGAGUCUUUGAAGAGGAAGAGGGAAACGCAACAGCAAAAUGGUGCAUGAAGUUGAAGCAUGUUUUGGUUGGGGUGGCUCAAGUACAUAGAAGCUCAACCUCUCAUUUCAUAUCGUAUCUCCCUUUGUUAUGUUUUUUUUUAAGAAUAAGGGAGUGUAGAAGGAACAGCAUGGUUGAUUGAUUACUAAGGAUAUAAUUAUGGUACUUAACUGGUUUAAGAAAAGAACAACACUGACCAGGGUGAAUGAAUCUUUGUUCUUUUUAUUUUUUGGUUUUUGUUUUUACUGUUGGAGUGCCAUAUCAUGCCAUAGGGUACUUCAUCCAUGUUCUCUUUUCAUCAUGUGUAAAAUAAAGGAGAACAAAACUUGAAGAGGUUACUUGUAGAAGUUGUAUUGGUAAAGUAAGGUAAAGCACAGAUGUUGGUGCUACCAUUGCAGCAUGUGCCCCACUCUCAUGAAACCAAGCUAAUUGAUGUAUAUUCAUAUCAUCAUAUAUAUAUAAUAUUAAUAAUAAAUUAAUAAUA